AUGCUCGGCAGCUUUUCAUCGCUCUACACCUUGGGCAUCGUCCUAAUCCUCACCGCGGGACUUGUCCGCCUCCUGCGCUCCUAUCUGCGGUUGAGACAGUUUCCCGGUCCAUUUGUCGCUGGCCCUACCAAAUUAUGGAUGAUGCGUAGUACGCUAUAUGGCCAUAUGCACCUGGACAUUGCAGAGGCAUGCAAAACAUACGGCCAUCUCGUCCGAAUAGGCCCAAACGAUCUGGUUACUGAUGACCCCGAGAUCAUUCGAAAGAUGAGCGCUGUGCGAUCUCCGUAUACGCGGUCAGAUUGGUACAACGCCACGGCUUUUAGCCACAAGCUAAACCACGUCUUCUGUGAACGCGAUGAGCAACGUCAUAUUGAUCUGCGUAACAAGCUGAUACCAGGGUAUUCGGGCAAAGAAAAUUUACAUCUAGAGCAGAGCGUUAACGAACAGUUGAUAAGCCUCUUCAAGCUCAUUCGCAACGAAUAUACUUCAAGCGUGGGAGAGUUUCGUGCCGUCGACUUUGCGCGUCUCUGCCAGUUCCUUACUCUGGAUGUCAUCACCGCGGUCGCAUUCGGUGAAGCCAUGGGAUUCCUUGAGCACAACGAAGAUCUACACGGAUAUAUCGCAAACCAGACAGCCAUGCUUCCUAUCUUCGAGUGGUUCUCGACGCUGCCAAUCUUGGAGAAGGUGGUGCGCCUUCCUGGUAUCAGUCAGCUAGCCAUGCCCACUCCCAGCGAUACAAAGGGUGCCGGCUUGUUGAUGGGCGUCGCCAAAAAGAUCGUAGCAACACGCUACGGCCCUGACAAGAAAGUCCGUCGCGACAUGCUCGGCUCCUUCGUUACCCACGGCCUGACCCAGGAAGAGGCAGAGCAGGAAACAGUUCUUCAAAUAUUCGCCGGCUCCGACACAACAGCAACAACAAUCCGUACCGCCGUCCUGUACCUAAUAACAAACCCGAACGUCCUGUUCAAACUCCAAGCCGAGCUCGACACCGCUAACUCCAGCGGUAGCCUCUCAGCUCCCAUUCUCACCUACGACGAAACCCAGCGCCUCCCCUACCUCCAGGCCUGCGUAAAAGAAUGCCUCCGCAUCUGGCCGCCCGUCGUUGGCCUCAUGCAGAAGGUCGUGCCUCCCGGUGGCGACACCCUAGAUGGGAAGUUUGUCCCCGGAGGGACGCAGAUCGGGUACUCGGCUUGGGGCGUGCACCGGAAUCCAAAGGUCUAUGGGGCAGAUGCGGACGUAUUCCGGCCGGAGAGGUGGUUGGAGGUCGAGGAUGAAGAGAAAUUGUUGGCGAUGAACCGCACGCAGGAACUCGUGUUUGGGUCGGGGAGGUAUGCUUGUCUGGGGAAGCAAGUGGCACUUAUUGAGGUUUCGAAGGCGAUUGCUGAGAUCUUUCUCAGGUAUGAUAUUGUUCUCGUUGACCCCUCCCAGCCCUGGCAGAGUGUCCAGCGAAAUGGUCUGUUCCUACAGUCUGAGCUUAUGGUUCGUAUAUCUGAACGCGAGAAGAGUGCAGCUCGAAUGCAGUCUCUGUAG